AUGCUAUCGGCGGCAUGCAAUGUGCACCUGCGCAGCUGGUGGCUCCUGCUGCUGGUGCUGGUGCUGGUGCUGCUCCUGCUGCUUGCUGCCAGCACUUCCGGGCGACCAAUGCAGGUGCAUCGACUUUGCCCCGCACGUACCUCUCAGGUCUCUGCCAGGGUCCAGGUGGCGCCUGAGAGUAGCUCGGUCGCCUCGAACAGGCGCCUGGAUCGGGCUGUGGGGAGACUUGUCUGGUACCAGCGGGGAACCAGGCAGUCAUGCUCCAAGACACCGGACACCCCUCUUCAGGAGGUACCCACACCUCCCGUCAACACCGCCCAUAAUUCAUCCAUCACUCUACUGUAUGUCGGUACCAUCCAUUUCCAGGCCAUGGCAGGGCAGGCUGGGCUGGGCUGGGCGUGGACCCUUCGUGUUCCAUCACUGUGUCCCUUAUUUGAGUUCGCAUAG